GAUUCCUCAGCUCAAAGCUAGCCAAACCAACCCCACACACACAAAACGAAAAAAAAACAAUUGUUGGGUUUUUUCUCUCUCUAGCAAGAUUUUCUCUCUCUAGUUCUUUGAUUAUUAGUAUUUUUUCCGGUGUAUAAACCAAGAAAUGGGUAGUAGUUUUUUCGGGAGACCAAAAAUGGGUGGAUCUUCGUCAUCAUCACCAACAUCUUCUUCUUCUUCUCCGGCAAAGAGAGGGAAGAACAAGAAUGGUUCUGACAAGCCUAAGCAGCCUCAGAGAGGUCUCGGCGUCGCGCAGUUAGAGAAGAUUAGAUUACACGGCGAGUAUAACUGCAACAGCUUCAAUACCUACCCUUCUUAUCAUCCCUCAACUUAUCAGGAGGAUGUGAGGAUCCAAGGAGGAUAUCCAUCCAUACCAUCGUCAUCACCAUCCUUUUCAUAUGCAUCAUCAUCACCACCACCAGCUCCUUAUGGCUUUCAUCCGAACAUGAUGAUGAAUGCAAAUAAUGAUCAAUACGAGAGAACAACCAUAAGAUACGGAGAUUCUCAGCCUCACAGAGCACCAAGUUGGAACCCGAGCUACGGCAUCUUGGAGAGCCAGCAUUUUGUGGAACCAAACACAACCAGACACUUCUUACAUGAGGUUAUUACUUUAUAUAUACAUAAAUAUAGUAUACAUACAAAUAAUUAAUCCAUGUCUUAAGAGAUAUAGUGGUUAGAAUGUACUAAGAUUUGACAUGAUAAUUUGUGUUAAUUCUUUCAAAAUCGUUUCUUUACAUGCGGAUCUCUCUGAAUGAUUUUGUUUUCCAAUCUUAUAGGAUCAGAGAAAUAUAUCGUUGGGAUCGGGUAUUCAGAACUUCGAAACCAGUGAAGCAAACGAGCUAGAUUUGGAAUUGAGAUUGUAACUUUGACUUAUGUAUGAACUCAUAUUAUUGGAUAUAAGGCCAUGGAGUUGUUUAUACAUUCAAAGCAGUUAAGAGAAAUAAUAUAUAGGUCAUUUGAUAUGAUUUGGGGUAUCAGAUUUUGAUAUCAAGAUGUUUCUAUGGUCAAUA